AUGAGCGCCACUCAGCAGGACGCAACUGCGCCCGCGCUAGAAGGCGUUGCGCACCGAAUGAGGUCAUUGGAUAUCUCUACCGCUGCUCGUUCGCAGUCGGUGACUCCCGCUGGCAUGGAGGGGUCUGCGAAAUCUGCCGACUCAAACACGCCCAGGGCUAAUGCAGCUUCUACGCCAAGAACCGCUUUUGGAAUUGCAAGCUCGAAUGUUGAGAAGAUACAGAAGGCAGCAGCACAAAGAGUUAUAGAUGUUAACGACUCGAGCCUAGAAUGGGGACCAACGCAAGUAAUCAUUGAUAUCGACGAUACCGUCAAGUCAAGCGGUGGCUACAAGCUAUUCAACGUGCCUCUCGGUGGAGUUGAUACGCAAUACGGUCGCGGAGAGCUUUAUCCGGGCUCCUUCCAGUUCAUUCUUGAGCUGGCCAUGUACAAGAUGGGGAAGAACCGCAAACCUCUCCUUCUCGCCGUGCUCACAACCCGCAUACCACAGGUGCCAAUUACCGUUGAUUCGGCACUCAAUAUGAGGCUUCGUGAGGUCGCGGAAAAGAGAGGCGUUUUGAACUGGGGCAUUGACUGCGACAACAAAAUCUUGUACUCAACGAUUAAAGAGUGGGUGUUUAACGAAACAAGGGGAGAGAAGAAGUUCGUUAACUUCAGGAAGUUACACAAAUACGUGUGCAACGAGAACAGUAAUGCCAGAUUCAUAUGGAUAGGUGACACCGGUGAUCGGGAUCUCGAGGCUGGGGAGCUGAUGAUAAAGUCAUUCCCAGGGAAAAUAAGGGCCGUGUUCAUGCACUGCGUCACUCCCACUGAUGGUUCCGAAGGUCAGCGCAUGCCCAACGAUUAUUACCUCAAGUCCGUCCCGGUUUUGUUCUUCCGCACCUACGUCGGUGCCGCGAAGAAGGCUGUGGAGCACGGGUUGCUAAAUCACAACGCGCUCUCGCGUGUCCUAGUCAGGGCGGUACUAGAUCUUAACGAGAACAGCCCGCAGGAUCUAUCGAAGUGGAAGGACCUUAUUAGGGACAUUUUGGAAGUGGAGGAGAUCGCCAACCUGAAGCGUUAUGAGGCCAACCUUGUGGUGAAGACCCGUGUCAUCAUCGAAAACAAAAUAAAAGAGCUCUCGCAUCACGUCUAA